CGGUGUGAUGGGGAAGAGCAGAGGAGGAAGAAGAGGGAGACGGUGUUCUGUGUGCACAGACGGGUGUUCUGCAGAGAAAUCAGGGGCGUAGUGACGUGAGUUAGCACACACCCGGGACAGAGAGCACCAGGAACGGAGACAAGCAAGGUUUUAGCGCAAAAAUGGGUCUCAAGAAGCUGUUCAAACCGCCUAAGGACAUUGACGACAAGGGGACGAAGGAGCUUUUGCGGAAGAACGGGGUAGUGGUGAGAGACGACAUGAACUACCACCGCAAGAAGUUUAAGUUUGGUGAGUUUGGGAAGUUCUCCGAGCAGCAGGCACAGAACCUGGACACGACGUUGAGACCGGUACUUCCUAACUCGCAGACCGGACAGGCAAACUACGAUCCAGCGGCAAACCAGGCGGACUCUAACCAGGGCUACGGGUACGACGAGUACGCCAGCAACUUUAGAGGGCAGGGCAGAUCGGGCCAGCCAAAUGGCGCUUCGAAUUCGUACUCGUACUCGUACUCGGGCGGGUAUUCAAACCCGGACUACGGCAACGGCAACAGCUACGGCAGGGGCGGAAGCAACUCGUACGGUUAUGGUUACGACGACUCGACGGCGUACAGCUCGAGGACCGCACGAAAUCCAUCCGAAAGGGCCACGAAAGCCAGACAGAAUGGUGACGGGACUCCGCAACGAAGACCCAAACAAAACAACUAUCCAUCGUACUCGUCUUCGACAUCGACGUCGACCUCGACGAACUCCUACGGCUACCAGCCGCCAGUGGCCAGCUCAAGUGGAAAUAGCGCUAGAAACGAGGUUGAAAACAGCAGCAAUACAGGCCCAGGCAAUGGAUACGGGUACGAACCUUCCAUCAACAAUUACUCGGGCUCAAACGGCUACGGCUUCGACCCGUACGCAGAUACUGCAGUGACGGCUAACUCCGUUGACGCCGUCACCCCGUUGACCAAAACGAAGACUUCGAACACCACUGUUACACAAUCAACGUACGACCCUUAUGCGCCAGGUGAGGAGCCCCAUGCCGAUAGUGCCGGCGCAGGUACCUCUGCGUCUGCGUCUGCGUCUGCGUUACAAGAUAGCAGUGGUGGAUAUGGCGCAGGUUACGGGUCUUAUGAACCUGAUGUGAACGACUACGGAGAGGCCGAUGACAACGCCACGGUGACCGGAGAACAGGUCAACGGUCUCGCGUCAGGCAUGCAGGAGCUACAGUUGCAAAAGGAACAAACGCGGCAAACGCAACAAACCCAAGACCAGGACUUCGAUCCAUAUGGGCCAUCUGCAACGUUGCAGACACAGACGACAACUACUACCGACCUGGAUUUGAACGCAUACGAACCGACUCCCGAGAUGCAAGAACAGAGCGUGCCCUACGACGAGGACGAGUUCGAAGAGGACGUGGAUGAGGACGAGGAGGAGUUGAACCGGAUACAGCGGCAGACGAAGGACGUCCGUGAGGACACGGUCAAUUUGUCACGGACGCUUGUCGACAAUUUAGGACAGGCCAACGUCACGGCGACCAACACUUUGGGUGUUCUGGGUAAUCAACGUGAAAAGGUGUACGAGAUGCAGAACAACAUUGGCACAAUGAAGGUGCAGCAGCGGUUUGUGGACGACCACGUCAAAGAUCUAGAGCAUUACAACCGUAGUUUGUUCCACAUCAAGGUCAACAACCCGUUCACGAGGAACUCCAGAAGGAAGGCGAAGGACCAGGCGUUUUUGGCGCAGCGACAGGCCGACCGGGCGAACAAGGACCAGUUGAACAGCGAGCUCUACCAGUCCCAGCGGGCUAUCAUGGACCAGUUGAAAAACGACAACAUCAAGUCCGAGUUGCAGGAGAAGUAUGACUACGACCGGCGUGUGAAGGAGGCCGCCAAGUACUUGACGAAGGACCACGACGAGGAGGACGAACGCAUGGAGGUGGAGAUUGCGGCCAACGUUGAGCAUGCCCAGAAGCUGGCCAACAACUUGAAGAAGAAGGCCAUGUUGAUGAACAGCGAGAUCCAGCAGCAGAACGACGACUUACACGACGUGAGUGGGAACGUCGACUACAUGGACGACAAAGUCGUUAUGACCACGAGGCGCAUCCGUGGCAUCUAAUAUAUAUUCAUAGCACACUUUGUCACGUAUGUAUUUACACUACUGAUUAGUAAUUCCCGAUAUACCGGGUUCACCAC